GGCAGGAGGAGGGGCUGCCGCCGAUGAAGGCUGAAGCCGGGUGCGCGGCCGGCUGCGGGCGCCGGAGCCGCGGGCACCUCUGCGGCCAUGGCCUGGCCCUGCAUCAGUCGGGUGUGCUGUCUGGCCCGCUUCUGGAGCCAGCUGGACAAGUCCGACCUCUCCGUGCCGCUCACCAUCCACAACUACUCGGACAUCGAGGAGCAGGAGGACGGGGCGGCCCAGCGAGCCGGGCCCCCGCCGCGAAGCAGCGCCCGCCCGCCGGCUCCGCGCCCGCGGGACCCCGCCGCCGGGAAGCCCAGCGGCCGCAGGAAGAGCCGGGUGGUCGCUGCUGGGGAGCCCUUCGCAGCGGAGACCCAGUACCGCCGGGACUUCAGAGCCUGGCCCCUCCCGAGGAAGGACGCCUUCCCCUGGGUCAGUGCCAGCAGCGGCGGUGGCGGCGGCGGGAGGAACGGGGCCGCCCCCCAGCCCGCCCCGGGCCGCUCCGCCUGCGCCCUGCCCGGCAGCGGCGGGAGGCCGGUGGCGGACGUCUACAGUGGCCCCGAGCAGCUCCGGCCGCGCUCGCAAGCGGACGGCGGCCACACCACCUCCUACAGGCAAGAGUAUCGCCCAUGGACUGGAGCAAAACCAUCAAAGCCUAUAAAGACAAAGCAAGGCUUCAUUAUUCCAGAAGACCAUUUUGUUCAAGAGACAAGCUACAAGGCGGAUUUUAAGAUCCCAGAGGUGAAGACCAGGUUCUCUCCCAACCCUUCUGCUGUUUUCCAGGCACCGUCACGGAUCCUCAACGUGUGAAGCUGGACCCUCCUCGCACCCAGGCAGCUUAAAGGCAGCGUUUCUGCUAGGAUGUAUCACUAUGCAAUUUUCACAAGGAGUGUUAAGAUCAAAGGACUGGCAUCAUCAAAAGCAGCUCCAGUGAUUACUGAUAUGCACACACGCUUUCUGUUAACACAACGAACAGCCAAGCGCUGGGUUCAGAGCUGGCAAAACACGCUGCCAGGAGUGACCUAGUUUUUGACAGGAGCAGGUUCAUUGCUAUGCCAGCUGGCGUCACAUUAGGAGACUGACUUUGGGCAGCAAAGGCAGCAUUGCAGGCAGCAGCCCUGUGCUUAGCUACACAGGGUGGGAGGGAAAACAAUCACAAGUGGGAUGGAUAAUUAAAACCAAAAAAGUGUUUUAUUUAGCAGCACCCUCUAAGUAGGCCAGUGAAAGACAGGCAGUGUCCAGCUGACUUUUGAGCUUCUUGAGGGGGGUAGCAAAUAGGACCUCAAAUGGCAUCACCAGAAAUCAGGCCCAUCAAUGGGGCUGGUCUGAACUUCCAACAGAGGAAGCCAGCAUCAUUGAACUCUGAAAUAAAUCUGGCACAUGCAGCAUCUUCAGGCUUUAAGACUGGAAAAAAUGGGUGUUUCCAAAAGUGGUGGGCAGAUGGAGGAGCGUGAGGGGCCUGAACUUUGGGAGACAGCCCUGACAGCACUGUGGCAGCCUGGUUCAAAGAGGGUUGCAUGGACACAGUCAGCUAGGCACCUGCCAGGCUCCAGAGGAUCUGAGAUACUUAAUGCAAUUUGUACAGCUGUUAGGAUGAGUGUAAAUACUGUAUAUGGAUUUUACCUAGAGCAAUUUGUGAUCCUUUGAUGAAAAGGAUCUGCUUAUACUUUUAAUAAAUGUUAACUCUUUGCAUAUGCAAGGUGGAAAAUAUUGCCUUGAAGUUCCUAAAUUAUUGCCUGUGUAUUGGUAAUGCUAAUGCUAGGAAGAACCAGAAGCGAAUGUUACUUAGAAACUCUUCUUAAAGAACACUGUAAUGUAGAAUGUAAACCAUCCUUCAUUUCUAAGAUAGGUCAUUUUAAGUGUCAUUGUUCUGAGGCCAUUCUUUUUAGAUUGGUGUGCAUUUAACUCUUGCUGAGGUACCUGUGUUUUUAAGAUACCAUUUUGUUAGCCUUUGUUCUUCAUGACUAUAGUGGGUUUACAGUUUCUAUCUCAACAACUUUUGCAACAUAAUUAGCCUACUCCUUAUUUCAUAGGUUGACCAAUUAUGGAGGAGGAGGGGGGAACUGAAACUGUUCAUUUUAUGUGUUUGCAGCAUACAGCUGUGUUGGCUAGAAGAAAAGGAAACUAUGCUGAGACUUGAGCAGUGAUGGGAUAUUCAUUCCCCUGUAACAAAAUAGGCUGGAUGAGGCACUUAGUGCCAUGGUCUAGUUGUUUGGACAGGGCUGGGUGCUAGGUUGGACUGGAUAAGCUUGGAGGUCUCUUCCAACCUGGUUGAUUCUAUGAUUCUAUAACUGAGCUGUCGCACAGGAUCAUUUUAGGCACUUAGUGCCAUGGUCUGUUUGAUUGGAGAGGGCUGGGUGCUAGGUUGGACUGGAUGAUUUUUGAGGUCUCUUCCAACCUGGUUAAUUCUACGAUUGUAUGAACACAGGGGAACUUUUUCCUUAACCUUCCUGCUAGAUUUCAUGAACUCUGGGGACUCUGCAAGGGCAUCUGUGUUGCUGGUAAUUCCCAUGAGAACAACUUUGUAAUUGUUGGCAUGUGGAUUGUAUUUGGAAUAUGUGCAGACAUCCUCUUCCCACUGCAUCAUGUGAGAAUGUAAUAGUGCUACCUCUCCUGGCUCUGCUAGAAAGACCAAACAGAGCCACGAGAAUAGGUAACAUCUGCAGUAAGCUGUGUAUGGUUGGGACAAGGGAUGACACUUCCCCAUUCAUCCUUGGACCUGGAGGAACCCACAGUAAUACCAAUGCUUGCCAAAACAAUUUUUCAGGAGAUUCAUUUGAAACAUUCAAACUGUACUAAAGGUUUUGCAUGUUAGAUGUUUCUAAAACUUCAAAUCUGCUUGUUUAAUCUCUUUAUAAUGUUUUUAACAGUUUUGUUCAAACAAAAAUGUAAGCUCCUUUUGAUCCUAGAUUUUAUUAACAGGGAAAAAAAGGACAAAUUGUCUACUCAGUCUCUCCUCUUAAUUCACUGUAUUUCUUAAAAAGAAGAAAAAUCAACCCAGUUAUAAACAAACUGGUAAUAUAUUAAGCUUGUAUUUUAUCAAAUGGAGUGGAUUUAAUUUAAUAAAUUAAAAUGUAUUUUGGCUAUUGA